AUGAGUUGUUUAUUUCGUAGUGAGGAGAUGUGCCUCGUUCAGCUGUUUCUUCAGACUGAAUCGGCCCACAACUGCAUCAAUGAACUCGGGCAUCUUGGAUUGGUUCAGUUUAAAGAUCUGAAUCCGUGUGCAACAGCAUUUCAGAGGCGAUUUGUGAAGGAAGUGAAGAAAUGUGAAAAAAUGGAGAGGAUUUUGAGGUAUCUUGAGAAGGAGAUGGUGAAAUCUAACAUUGUAACUACUGCAACAAAGGAGAAGGAGAUUGUUCCCUGUGCAAGAGAUGUGCUGGAGCUAGAGUCUACAUUUGAGAAGUUGGAGCAGGAGCUGCGAGAAAUCAAUCAUAAUCAUGACACACUCAGACAGAACCUGAUCGAGCUGAUGGACAUUGACUCUCUGCUGAGGAUGACCGAAGACUUCUUUGAAGAGGCCGAGUCUCUGCUGACCUUCUCUGAGGCUCCGUCUGAAGACUCGGUGUCGAUGACCAUCUCAUCAUUCAUUACCAGCCGCAGAAACAGCAGCUCCAGCACCUCUGGGCCUCUAAAUCUAGGAUUUAUUGCAGGUGUUAUCAAACAAGAAAGAUUUCCUGCUUUUGAAAAGGUUCUCUGGCGACUUUUUCAUGGCAAUUUUGUCCUUCGGCAUGCAGAGAUACAGACCACAGAAGAACUUGAAGCAGUGAGGGGAGCUGUGAAGAAAGACGUGUUCAUUAUAUUUGUCCAGGGAAAUCAUGUGCGAGAAAAGAUCAGAAAAGUUUGUGAAGGGUUUCGUGCCAGCUUGUACUCGUGCCCCAAAACUUUAUACGAACGCAAGGAGAUGAGCAACAGCAUAAUGACACGAAUGGAAGAUCUCCGACUGGUCCUGAGAAGGACAGAAGAGUAUCGUGCUGGUGUUUUGAGCCGAGCGGCGGAGCACGUGCAGGAGUGGGGCAGUAAAGUUAAGAAGAUGAAGGCCAUUUACUACACACUCAAUCUCUGCAACAUAGACAUCACACAGAAGCUGAUCGUGGCAGAGAUCUGGUGUCCGGUGUCAGAUCUCACUGUGGUUCAAAACGCACUUAUUAAAGGAUCGGAGCAAAGUGGUUCCAGUGUGACUCCAGUUCUGAACCGCAUCCAAACCAAGCAGACUCCUCCUACUUUCAACAGAACCAACUCAUUUACUGAAGGAUUCCAGGCUAUUAUUGAUGCCUAUGGGGUUGGAACCUAUCAGGAGAUCAACCCAGCUCCAUACACUAUUAUAACCUUCCCCUUCUUGUUCGCGGUGAUGUUUGGAGACUGUGGUCACGGUCUGCUCAUGGCACUGUUUUCUGUCUGGCUCAUCACACAGGCCGACUAUAUAAGAAAGUGGAAAAAUGAGCUUACGGAUGUUCUGGUUGGUGGGCGUUACAUUAUUUUGCUCAUGGGAUUGUUCUCCAUAUACACUGGGCUCAUUUAUAACGACUGCUUCUCUAAGUCCUUCAACAUUUUCGGCUCAUCCUGGUGUGUUCGACCCAUGUUUUACCCUCACGGGUUUUGGCAAAAUGAAACACUGCACGAUCAUCACCAUCUUCAGCUGAACCCGUUUGUGCCUGGGGUUUUUUCUGGUCACCCGUAUGUGUUCGGAAUUGACCCGAUUUGGAAUAUAGCAUCAAAUAAGCUGUCCUUUCUCAACUCCUUUAAGAUGAAGAUGUCUGUCAUCUUGGGUGUGGCUCAUAUGCUUUUUGGAGUGACCCUGAGUUUGGUCAACUUUGUGCAUUUUCGAAAGUUCCAGGACAUUUUCCUUCAGUUUAUCCCGCAGCUGGUCUUCAUGCUGUCUCUGUUUGGAUAUCUGAUCUUCCUCAUCCUUUACAAGUGGAGCGUCAGUCUUAGCUCUGAAACGGCUCCCAGUAUUCUGCUGCUCUUCAUUAACAUGAUGCUGUUCGAUUACCAGCCUGAGCACAAGCUUCUGUAUGGUGGACAGAAAGCUGUUCAGAUCUGCUUGGUUGUGACGGCUGUGCUGAUGGUUCCUGUGCUGCUGCUGGUGAAACCCUUUCUCAUCUACAAAACCAGACAUCAGGUAAGCAUGGGUGAUGUUUUCGUAUAUCAGGCCAUUCACACUAUCGAGUACUGCUUGGGCUGCAUCUCCAACACAGCCUCGUACCUGCGGCUCUGGGCACUCAGCCUGGCUCAUGCAGAGCUGUCCGAGGUUCUUUGGCGGAUGGUUCUCCAGGUGGGUCUGAAACUCUCCUCUGGCGUGGGCUCACUCAUGCUGGCGCUGCUCUUUGCUGCUUUCGCCAUUCUCACUGUGACUAUUCUUCUAGUAAUGGAGGGCCUGUCUGCAUUUCUGCAUGCUUUACGACUCCACUGGGUUGAAUUUCAGAACAAGUUUUACGAGGGAUCCGGACACAAGUUCACACCCUUGUCCUUUGACAGCCUCUUAAAAACCGAGCAGUAACAGGUGUUAUACAUGCUAUU